ACAACCGAGUCUAUUCACACUAUAUAUCUUAGCGUAAAAUUUAGGUAACACUAAAGCAUUCAUGAUUUCCUUCAAAAGCAUUCACCACUUUUUUUAUCCAUUCAUAUACUUUAAGCAAUCAUCUUCAUUAUAUAUAUGUAUAUGUUAAUUUUUCAUAAUGUCUAAUUAAUUCAUCUACCAAAAAUGUAUCAGAUUCAGUACUUAUUAUGGUGUUUCAUUUGCCUCCUCUACUUAGUACACCGGAGUCCGACCACGGUGGCCAUGCCGCCGCAGCCUCCGGUUAGGUGUAACGACGGAGGCUGCGCGCUUUAUAACUCGUACGGCGUAUGGAACGAUAGAAAGGAAUGUCAUAUACCUAACGUAACAUACCCUUCAACUGAAGAAGAGCUCCGAUUAGCCGUUGCUUAUGCUAAUAGAAAGAAGCUCAAGAUCAAAGUCGUUAGCAGAUUUUCUCAUACAAUACCUAAAUUAGCUUGUCCUGGUUCUCAUAAUUUCUCAAAUUCAAUGCUUAUAAGCACGUCCAAUUAUAAUUCCCUGAUUGAUAUUGACAGAGCUAAUUUGGCGGUGACGGUGGAUGCCGGAGUUAGUCUGCGCGAGCUGAUUGAUCGCGUGGAAGCGGCGGGAUUGAGUUUGACUGCGGCGCCGUACUGGGAAGGAGUGAGCAUCGGUGGGGUUAUAAGUACGGCGGCGCAUGGAAGUUCAUGGUGGGGAAAAGGCGGAGGUGUUCAUGAUCAUGUAAUUGGGAUGAGUGUUAUAGUUCCGGCGACGGAAUCUCAAGGGUUUGCUAAAAUUAUGAGAAUUGGAGCGCAAGAUUCGGUUCUUAAGGCGGUCAAAGUUUCAUUAGGCUUGCUGGGUGUCAUUUCUAAGGUGAAGCUGUCAUUGGAACCAGCAUUCAAAAGAAGCAUAACAUACAAUUUCACUAAAGAUGAUCAAAUAGAAGACAUAUUUAUGGAUCAUGGCAAGCAAUAUGAAUUUGGUGAUAUUACUUGGUACCCAUCCAAGCACACUGCUGUCUACAGAUAUGAUUCCAGAGUUCCCCUGAACACUUCGGGCGACGGAAAAUUCGAUUUUCUCGGAUUUCAAUCGAACUCAAUUUUGGUAUCUCAAUCGACUAGAACAGCAGAAAAAUUGUUGGAGAAUGCCAGAAAUGUGAAGGGAAAAUGCUUAAUGGCAAGUACAUUUAUAGGGUUUAAGAAAUUAGUUGGCAAUGGAUUGAAGAACAAUGGACUAACCUUUACAGGUUAUCCUGUAAUAGGCCAUCAGGGGAAAAUUCAGGCUUCAGGUUCUUGCUUAUAUUCACCCGAAGCAAGAAUCGACACGUCGUGUGCAUGGGACCCGAGAAUUAAGGGGCUUUUCUUUUACGAAUCGACAACAAUUUUUCCAGCUUCAAAAUUUCGAGAUUUCAUCAGAGAUGUGAAGAAAUUGAGAGAUAUAAAACCUGAAAAUUUCUGUGGAGUUGAUAUUUAUAACGGACUUCUGAUAAGGUUCAUCAAGGCUUCAGAUGCUUAUUUAGGUCAAUCCGAGGAUUCAGUAGUUGUUGAUUUUAAUUAUUAUCGCGCCGAUGAUUCUUCCACACCGAGAAUGAAUCAAGAUGUAUGGGAAGAAAUAGAGCAAAUGGCAUUUUUCAAAUAUGGGGCUAAACCACAUUGGGCUAAGAAUAGGAACUUGGCAUUCUUGAAUGUGCAAAGCAAGUAUCCUAAUUUUAGCAAAUUUGUUGCAGCAAAGAAGCAAUUAGACCCUCAAAAUAUGUUUUCUAGUGAAUGGUCAGAUGAGAUUUUGUUUGGAAAAGACCGCCCGAAAGGCGACGGAUGUGCCCUGGAGGGGCAAUGCAUAUGCUCUGAAGACAGGCAUUGUAGUCCAAGCAAAGGGUAUUUCUGCAGAGCAGGUCUUGUUUAUACAGAAGCUAGAGUUUGCAGAGAUAUUUCAUCCUCAAUAAUAUAGAAACAUUGUAGAACAUCAAGUUAAUUGGGGGAUUAUUAUUUCUGCCACUUGGAAAGUGGUUGGAAUAACAUUUUUCAUAACAAUGGGGAGGAAAUUGGACCUGAAAAUCUUGGAGUAGCAAACAUUCUGUGUCCCACAUCGAAAAUAUAAAACUAUCGGAUUAUGGCUUGAUCAACUUCCAAAUACCACUUUUAAAUUUCUGAUCCAA